AUGCCUCCUAUCGACCCCGCAUCAUUGGUACUGGUGACAGGCGGCAACGGCUUUAUUGCUGCCCACUGCAUCGCGACUCUCCUGCGGUCCAACUAUCGCGUUCGAGCUACAGUACGCUCCAACCAGAAGGCAGAUGACACGCGCAAUGCACUAGCUUUGGCUGGUGUUGAAAAUCUUUCUCGUCUCGAAUUGGUCGUCGUGCCGGACCCCACCGAUUUACAGGCCUUCUCUGCAACACUGCAAGGCUGUCAGGCUGUCCUACACUUGGCUUCUGCUUUCACCUACGAUGCUGUGCCGGGAGAAUUUGAAGAGAAAUUGAUGAUCCCUGCGGUUAAGGGUACACAAAUUGUGUGUGAAGCCGCUAAACAGCAUUCAAGUAUCCGACGGAUUGUGAUCAUGUCCAGUUUUGCUAGUGUCUAUGACGCUAGUCUUGGCUUGCAACCCGGGUCAGUCUACACCGAGAAAGAUUGGUGCCCGUUGACAUAUGAGGAUGGCGUGAAUGCUGCAGCGGUGCCCAUCGCAUAUCGUGCUUCGAAGGUUGUCGCUGAGCGCGCUGCUUGGGAUUACGUUCGUGACAACUCCGUACAAUACCAACUGGUUACUCUGUGUCCUGGAAUGGUGUUUGGGCGGAUGAUCCAUCCAAUUUCAUCUCUAUCUCAGCUCAACGCUAGCAACCAGAUUGUCUGGCAGGUGUUGAGCGCCGGAAAUCAGGGGGAAGUUCCGCCCACGAAAGCUCCCGGUAUGCCCUUUCCUCAAAUUGAUAUUAUGGAAUCUGAACUGACACAGUCUUCUAAAGUCUGGAUUGAUGUUGAAGAUCUGUCUGAAACAAGUCUCAAGGCCUUGACAUUCUCAGGAACGGGCCAUGAAAGAUUCCUAGUGACUGAGGGAUCCUACGAUACACAGGAAAUUGCCGAUAUCGUCCGUUCACGGCUUUCGGACAGACAGCGCGUGCCAGUGGGAGAACCCGGGAAACGCAUUGCUGACACGCACUACUCCUGCGAUUCAUCAAAGGUGCAACAGGUGCUAGGAGUCAAGUUUCGGAGAUUAGAGGAGUCAAUUAUUCCCUUGGCACAGCAGCUAUAUGACAUGGAGGGAUGUUAA